AUGGGCUGCACCUACUCACCCGGCUCGGAGGACAUAGGGGAGCUGGACAUAGAGUGGUCCAACGUCAGUCCAGAUAUGACCCAAAAGGAUUCUCUGAUCUUGUCUUACACUGGAGGCAAAACGCAUUACUACGGCACCUGGGAUCUGAAAGACCGGCUGACGUUUACUGCUGACCCUAAGAAUGGUGAUGCGACCGUCUCCCUGUCCAACAUCCAGGCUUCAGACACCGCCACAUACCAGUGCAAAGUGAAGAAAGCCCCCGGCGUGGACACCCGCAAAGUCACACUGGUGGUGCUGGUUCCCCCGUCGAGGCCUAAGUGUUGGGUGGAAGGCGGCGAGGAGAAAGGCAGCUCGGUGUCUCUGCGCUGUAAGUCCUCAGAGGGAUCCACACCUCUCUCUUAUUCAUGGACAAGAGAGUCAGGAGGGUCCAUGCCCCCCGCCGCCACCCAAGACUCGUCCACUGGAGAGCUGUUGAUAAAGAACCACACAGACAGCUACGUCGGGACCUAUGCGUGUGUGGUGACAAACGCCGUGGGCUCAGGACAGUGUAAAUAUGCACUGCGCGCGUACAACCCCACCAAUAGAGUGGGAGUGAUAGUGGGUGCAGUCAUCGGGGCCCUUCUGCUGUUACUGCUGCUCCUACUGCUCAUCUGGCUCCUCAUCUGCUGCUGCAACAAAAGGAGAUAUGAAAAAGAAAGAGCAAAUGAAAUCAGAGAGGACGCCAAUGCCCCAGAGAGCUGCCCCCCCAGCAGAGCCACCAGCAGAGCCACCAGCAGACCCACCAGCAGACCCACCAGCAGAGCCACCAGCCUGCGCUCCGUCCUGAGCUACCACACACACCAUGGGGUCCAGUACAGCGGCGUGAGGAGCGACACGUCCAGUGUCCGUGACCCCAACGUCAUCUACGCAGGGAACUCUGUGCGCAAUUCACAACGCUCCAACGGCGACCACAAACACACGCACUCGCUCAAAUAUGACCCCAAAUAUGGAUAUCCGGUGUGA